AUGCUGUCGACCGUUCUACCAAGUACUUGGAGCAAAAUGGGCCUGGGCGUUGCAGUGAGCUUCGCAAUGUUUGGCCUCAGCGGCAUCCUAUUUCCUCGACACGCGGCAGAGUCAGCGUUCGGUAUUGUUUCGGAGCCAGAGCCGGCCGCCGGCGUCCCCAGCAAGAGUGCGGCGGUGCUCUUGCCACCACUAAUUGGGGUCCGAGACCUGGCAAUUGCGGCGACGCUGGUGAUGCUGUACCAUCGGCGGCUGAGUUGGGAGAUGGGCUUUGUGGUUGUGUUGCGGACGGUUUUCUGUGCGGCUGACACGGUGCUCAUCGCAAAACAAAAGAGCAUGCGCGAGGGUCUGCUUGCCAGUAGCGGCCUGAUCGCUUGGCUCGUCAUCGGGUUUGGGCUUAUGUCGACGUCGAGCGCCCCGUUAUAA